UGUGGAAGAUAAUAAUAGAAAUAGGGCAGGGUCCAGCAGACAAACGUGCUUCAACCGAGAGCAAUUUGGCAGUUUCGCAAUUUAAUGACAUAAAUAAGAACGACAGGACUGAAGAAACGCGUUUGAUGUCUCGUAGUGAAACGGCUUGAUACGAUGCACACGGAGCUUAAAGAUCAACAGAACUGCGCUACUUCAGAAACUACUAUACAUGCGCUCCAAUAAAUGAGCGUAAGUUCUUCGGAAACGCUUUUGUUUCAGGAGAUCGAUUAAUUUUUGGGAGUGUGAUAUCCUUUCUUCGAGUCGUGACGAGCGUGUGCGUGAUCAGUCCUUGAUCUAUGCAGUUGUAACAUUUUUUUUUUUCGUCCAAACCUAUAUGCUGCUAAGUGGAUUUUUACAUUCUCAUAUAAAAAUGAAAAGAUAAUCGUCUUUAUUGUAGGUUACCGGUGCUGAUGACACCACAUCACUAUUAUUAUUUGCUUGUUUGAUGCCACUAGUAUAGCUACCAGAUAUGGCAGCUAUGGAGUGUGCUGGUUGAGAAGCUGUACUGUUUGGGUUGGGGUCAUUUAACAAACAGAUGAUAAAAAUGAAUUCAGAUCUGGAGCCAAUUUCUCUUUCUGUACCCGCUCUCUGCCAACCCCGAGACAUUAUGGGAGGGAGUAUCACUGGAGAAUCCAGUGGCUGUGUGAAUCCUGGUGCUGGGACCUUUUGGCAGGACCCCUCCAGCUGCAAGAGUGCCAACCCUGGAGUGAUCAGUUUGCCCUCAGACCGUGGGAACUUGUUGACCACAGGUAAAUGUAAGAACCGAGCUGUGCAAGUGGCCUACGUGAGGAACUCUGAGACAAGCCAACCUCUCAGCCCAGAGAACAUGGCUUUACAGUGUCUGAAGGAUGCUUGUGACAUUGUGGGGUUUAAACUAGAUAUAAUCCCCUUUGGGAAGUUGGACUUUGGUGAAACCUCAGUUCUUGAUCAUUUUUACAAUGCAGAUAUUGCAGUGGUUGAAAUGACGGAUGCAUUCCGACAGCCAUCUCUCUUCUAUCACUUGGGUGUGAGAGAGAGUUUCAGCAUGGCCAACAACAUCAUUCUUUACUGUGAUCACAACUCCGACUCGCUGCACUCUCUUCAGGAGGUGGUAUGUCAGAAGAAUAUGACAUGUGCCGCUAACUACACAUUCAUUCCAUACAUGGUGACGCCUCAGAAUAAGGUGUAUUGCUGUGAGGGCAGUCUGAUGAAGGGUUUGAGUGAACUGAUGCAGCCCAGCUUUGAGGCCCUGCUGGGGCCCAUCUGUAUGCCACUGCUGGAAAGACUCACUCAAAUGCUCACCAGCUGCAAGACCAACACCUGCCAGUACUUCCAUGAGAUAGUUCUGAAUGAGAUUCGUAAAGCACGUGAGCUUUACAAUGGAGUAGAGCUAGCGGCUGAACUCAGACGGAUCCAGCGGCGGUUUGACAGCGUUGAGUGUCUUUCAGCUGAUGUCGUCAUCAACCUCCUUCUGUCAUACAGAGAUAUCCAGGAUUAUGAAUCCAUUGUGAAGUUAGUUGAAACACUGGAAAAGCUGCUGACCUUUGACCCAGUGGCUCAUCCUCACAUAAAGUUCCACUACGCCUUUGCCCUCAACAGGAGAAAGCUACCAGGAGACAGACAGAAGGCUCUGGACAUUAUGUUGCCAUUGGUGAACUCAGACGAGCAGGUGGCAUCUGAUAUUUAUUGCCUGGUAGGCCGAAUCUAUAAGGAUAUGUUCCUGGACUCUCAUUUCACCGACACAGAUAGCAGGGAUCAAGGCAUACACUGGUUUAAAAAAGGUUUUGAAUCAGAGCCCACGCUGCACUCUGGUAUAAACUAUGCAGUGUUGCUAUUGGCUGAAGGACAUUAGUUUGACUCCUCCUUUGAGCUGCGUAAAGUAGGUGUGAAGUUGAGCAGUCUCCUGGGGAAGAAGGGCAGUUUGGAUAGAUUGCAGAGUUACUGGGAUGUGGGUUUCUUUCUUGGGGCUAGUAUUCUGGCCUGCGACAGCACCCGAGUCAUCCAGGCCUCCGAGAAACUCUUCAAAAUUAAAGCUCCUGUUUGGUAUUUACGGUCGCUGGUUGAGACCAUCCUCAUCUAUAAGCACUUUACAAAACCAACCACUGAUCCACAGGCCCCUAAACAAGAGCUUGUGGACUUCUGGAUGGACUUCAUGGUGGAAGCUACCAAAAAGGAUGUGACAUCUGUCCGUUUUCCUGUAUUGAUACUGGAGCCCAAUAAGGUCCACCAGCCAUCUUACCUCUCAAUCAACAAUGAUGUGGAAGAGAAUACGCUAUCCAUCUGGCACGUGACCCCUGACGACAGAGUAAUAAAUAACUUACUAUUUAUCCAUUCGUUCUUAAAUGCAGAUGUUCCUUUUUGGAUUUCAUCUCCAAAUUCGAUGAGCCGCAGCUGUUUUCUGUAUGUGGUGAACAACUCGGAAGACUUCCAAAUCUAUUUCUGCACAGAGAUGCACAGCAAAAGGUUCUGUGAUCUGGUAAACACUCUCACUGCGGAGGCCUGGAAAGGCUCAGAAGAGACUGGGUGUGAAUCUGAGGCUUUAGAGUAUGAUUAUGAAUGCGAUGAGCAUGGAGAGAGGGUGGUUCUGGGUAAGGGCACGUUCGGGGUAGUCUAUGCAGGUCGUGACCUCAGUAACCAGGUGCGCUUAGCCAUCAAAGAGAUUCCUGAACGGGACAGUAGAUAUUCACAGCCUCUGCAUGGAGAAAUCGCCCUGCAUAAACACCUGAAGCACAAGAACAUCGUGCAGUACCUCGGCUCCAUCAGCGAGAACGGCUUCAUCAAGAUCUUCAUGGAGCAGGUGCCUGGAGGCAGUCUGUCAGCAUUGCUCAGGUCAAAGUGGGGUCCUCUCAAAAACAAUGAACCAACUAUCGGUUUCUACACCAAACAGAUAUUGGAGGGCCUUAAAUACCUGCAUGACAACCAGAUAGUUCACAGAGACAUUAAGGGGGAUAAUGUCUUGAUAAACACCUACAGUGGAGUGUUGAAAAUCUCUGAUUUUGGAACGUCCAAACGUCUGGCCGGGAUCAACCCCUGCACCGAAACCUUUACUGGUACGUUACAGUACAUGGCCCCCGAAAUCAUAGAUAAAGGGCCGCGUGGGUACGGCAAGCCAGCGGACAUCUGGUCUCUGGGCUGCACCAUUAUAGAAAUGGCUACUGGGAAACCUCCCUUCUACGAGCUCGGGGAACCGCAGGCAGCGAUGUUCAAGGUUGGGAUGUUUAAAAUCCACCCGGAGAUUCUUGACUCUAUGUCCACUGAAGCCAAAGCAUUUAUCCUGCGCUGUUUCGAGCCUGAUCCAGACGGCCGAUCCAUGGCCAAUGAUCUGCUCACCCAUGAAUUCCUCACGGUUACAUCACACAAAAAACGAUCAAAGAACAACAAGUAUUUGCGUAGCAUAUCUCUUCCUGUUCCCGUUGUGGUUGAGGAUACCAGCAGCAGCAGCGAAUACGGAUCUGUCUCGCCUGACAAUGAGCUCUGCACAAACCCCUUCAGCUUCAAGCCUAGCACCAAGUGCUACAGUGAGAGAGAGGUCAAAGGUCACCGCUCCCUCUUCCUGAGGUCAGCAGAGAUUGAGUGUAAAUCUGAGAACUUUGAAGACCACAGUGCACCACCUUCCCCAGAAGAGAAGGACUCUGGUUUCUUCAUGCUGAGGAAAGACAGUGAAAGGAGAGCAACUUUACACCAAAUCUUUACCGAGGACAGAGAGAAAAUAGUGGUUCACCUGCUGGAAGCGCUCACACAGGGGUCUGAGGAGACCAAACUGAAGCAUCAGCAUAUCUCCAAACUGGUUGCAAGUCUGGGAGAUUUUGUGAGGAUGGUGGACAGAAACAUAAUUGCUAGGACCCUCUCUCAGCUCAAACUAGAACUUGACUUUGACAGCACAGCAAUCAGCCAACUCCAGGUGGCGCUCUUCGGCUUCCAGGAUGCGGUGAGCGUUUUUAAUAAAGCCAUUUAAUAAUUUCCU